CGGCGCAGCACACUCCCCGCCGGCCGCAGCCUGACACGCCGCGCGGCCCCCCGUCUCCCGCAGCCGCCUGCCCCAGGCAUGGCACAGGGCCUCGCCUCACUAUGGCAGCAGCACGGCACAGCACGCUCGACUUCAUGCUCGGCGCCAAAGCUAAUGGCGAGACCAUUCUGAAAGGCCUCCAGUCAAUUUUCCAGGAGCAAGGGAUGGCAGAGUCGGUGCACACCUGGCAAGACCAUGGGUAUUUAGCCACCUACACAAACAAAAAUGGCAGCUUCGCCAAUUUGAGAAUUUAUCCACACGGAUUGGUGUUGCUGGACCUUCAGAGUUACGACAGUGAUACCCAGGGCAAAGAAGAGAUCGACAGUCUUUUGAACAAAGUAGAAGAAAGAAUGAAAGAAUUGAGUCAGGACAGUACUGGGCGGGUGAAGCGAUUGCCGCCCAUCGUUCGAGGAGGGGCCAUUGACAGAUACUGGCCCACCGCUGAUGGGCGCCUGGUUGAGUAUGACAUAGAUGAAGUGGUGUAUGACGAAGACUCGCCUUAUCAGAACAUUAAAAUUCUACACUCGAAACAAUUUGGAAACAUUCUCAUCCUCAGUGGGGAUGUUAACUUGGCGGAGAGUGAUUUGGCGUAUACCCGGGCCAUCAUGGGCAGUGGCAAAGAAGAUUAUACUGGCAAAGAUGUACUGAUCCUGGGAGGUGGAGAUGGAGGCAUACUAUGUGAAAUAGUCAAACUGAAACCAAAGAUGGUCACUAUGGUGGAGAUUGACCAAAUGGUGAUUGAUGGAUGCAAGAAAUACAUGAGAAAAACGUGUGGUGAUGUUUUAGACAAUCUUAAUGGAGACUGCUAUCAGGUUCUCAUAGAAGAUUGCAUUCCGGUACUGAAGAGGUACGCCAAAGAAGGGAGAGAGUUUGACUAUGUGAUUAAUGACUUGACAGCUGUCCCAAUCUCGACUUCUCCAGAAGAAGAUUCCACAUGGGAGUUUCUCAGACUGAUUCUUGAUCUUUCUAUGAAAGUGUUGAAACAGGAUGGGAAAUACUUCACACAGGGCAACUGUGUCAACUUGACGGAAGCGCUGUCGCUCUACGAAGAACAGCUUGGACGCCUGUAUUGUCCUGUGGAAUUCUCAAAGGAGACGGUCUGUGUCCCUUCGUACUUGGAGUUGUGGGUAUUUUAUACUGUUUGGAAGAAAGCGAAACCUUGAAGACAAAUAGUAUCCCCUACUCAUGUGUGCUGCAACUCGCGUUCCUGACCGCCACACGCUGUCCAUGCCAUCGGAACGAGUCAGGCAAUUGAUUGUGAAUUCCUGCAAGUUUUCUUUUUUUUUUUUUUAAUUAUUUUUAAUUUAAAAACAAUGGAAAAUGUAUAUUUUGAUGAGCUAGGGUGUUAUUUUUUGAAAGUCAGCUGAAGGAUGAUGAGACAGCACAGCGAAGACUAUGAAAUGCACUGACCCCUAGAAUGUGAUUUUUGUUACUUUUUAUUUCUGUGUGGGCUUUUUUUUCCCCCCUUGGUUUUGCUAGACCUUCCAUGUUUAGAGGAAUGAGCAUCAUUGUUUCGUUUCGGAGGGAAGUUCUUGAUGGUGUUUCCCCCAAAAUUGACUUAGAUGUUAAAAUUUGGUGCUUAUAAGAGAGAGUUAAAAAAUGAAUAGCAAUGCUUCAAUUAAAAUUACAAAACAGA